AUGAUGGAUCCAUCGAGGAUAUCGAGCAGUGGAGUUGUGGUAAAGUUUCAAGUUGUUGUUGUGGAGAAUUUUCGAGCUGUUAGUCAAUUGUCGUGGAGUUUCGAAGGCUGUGCAUUGUUGAAUACAAUCAAUUUGGCGAAGGAUGCUGUCGACAAGUAUCAGCAGUAUCAGAAACUGAAGAAGGUCUACGAUGGCUUCCAAAUGAUUGACGAAGGUUACCAGAAAAUUAAAGGCGGUUUCCAAGUUCGAGAGGGAAUUGGAAUGGCUGCAGCAGGCAUAAAUAAAAUUUACAAAGUUGGCAAAAGGUUAUUCAGUUGA